AUGGCUCUUUUAUCAUAAUUGCAAAUCAUGUGAGGAAUGAUUUUGUUAAUAUCCAUAAUUAUGUGGUGUUUUUGGUCCUACAUCAGUGUCAUAGCAAUGCAUGUGAAAUCAAUGGAAGAGGAAAAGAAGGAGCAUGUUGAGAAAGCUGGGGAUUUACUGAAAUGGGUGUCAAACCUCAGCAAGACACUCAGCAAAGAAGAAGGAGAAAAGGCUGAAAAGACAGAUUUGCCUAAGCAGCAGAUUUCCCUGCAUGAAGUGUCAACCAAGAAAGAACAAAUAGCAGAAGCUCUGCAGACUACUCAGUCAUUUUUAGCUAAGCACAGUGACAAAAUGACAGAUGAUGAGAGAUGUGAAAUGGAGAAGCAAGUGAGAUCCCUCCAGGAGAGCUACAGCUUGUUGUCCAAUGAAGCUUUGAAGCAGCUGCAGGAAGCACAGUAUCUGAAUGAUGAAAAGAUGGAAGAAAAGGUGAAUAAAGUCAUUGCUGGUGUCAUUGACCAAACAACUGGAGAAGUCCUUUCAGUCUUUCAGUCUAUUUUAAGAGGUUUUCUUGACUAUGACACUGGAAUUAGAUUGCUUGAGAAUCAGCUGAUUCUUUCUGGAAUCAUUUCUCCAGAAUUAGGAGUGUGUUAUGAUUUGGAAGAAGCUAAAUCUCAUGCCUUAAUUGAUGAGCAGAUUCUGUUGCAAUUGCAGGAAUUAAGUAAUGCAAAGAAGCUUAUUUCAAAGUCAUCAUUAUCAAAUAUUCCAGUUGUCUCAGCUUUAGAACAAGGUCUCAUUUCAGAGCCUUUGGCUAUUAAAAUUCUGGAGAAUCAGCUUUCAAGUGAGUAUCUGAUUUUGCCAUCUACUGGAGAAAAGCUGACUUUGCAGAAUGCUUUCCAGAAAAACUUGAUUUCUCCGAUGCUCUAUGCAAAACUCCUGGAAAGACGAGACACGUGUAAAGACCUCAUAGACCCCAACUGUGCUGAGAAAAUUUCCCUUGAGCAGAUGGUUCAUAGAAGCAUAAUACAUGAAGAAACAGGGUUAAGGCUCCUACCUGUGAAGCCACAAGAGAAAGGUAGACUCACACUCAAAUGUGGAAGGAGGAUAACUGUUUUGAGGGCAGCCCACGAGGGGCUCAUUGAUCGGGAAACGAUGUUCAGGCUGUUGGGGGCUCAGUUGACAUCUGGAGGUAUCAUUGACCCUGACUCGGGGAAGAGAGUGACUGUGGAAGAGGCCAUGAGACAAGGGAUGAUAGAUCAGGACACUGCCUGUGGGAUCCUCACACAUCAGGUUCAGACUGGUGGAAUCCUUUGUAAAGAUUCAGGGCAACGCUUGACCGUGGAUGAGGCUGUACAAUGCAACUUAAUAUCAUCCACCAGUGCCCUGCUGGUGUUGGAGGCACAGAAAGGCUUUGUGGGACUAAUUUGGCCUGAUACUGGUGAAAUAUUCCCUGUAUCAACUUCUUUGCACCAAGAUAUGAUAACAAAGGAACUGGCAUUCAAAAUACUGAAUGAUAGAAAGAAAAUAGCUGCACUUUACAUUCCAGAAACUUGUGAAAUAAUCAGUCUAGACAAGGCUGCAGAAGCAGGGAUCAUAGACAGCAAUACUGUGUCUAUUUUGACCAAUGUGACUUUACCAGACAAAAUGCCCAAUGUAGAAGAUUUAAAGCCCCUUUGUAAAAAUGCUGCAAAAUGGUUAUCGACAUUUGAAUUUCUGCCAUCUGCAUUUCAUGACCACGAGGAGGAACGUGAAGAUUCCAGCACAGAAGACCCUGCAUGUCGUAAUUUAGAUCAAGUUCAGAAACUAUUCAUAUCUUAUCUGAUGGUAAAUAGUUACAUGGAUGCAAACACUGGAGGAAGGCUUUUGUUAUAUGAUGGACAACUGCAAGAAGUCAUCAGUAUGUUGCUGGAAGGUGAUGGUGCUGCAAACAAUGCUGGUGUGGCAGAAAUGGAGUCUAGUAACAAACACGUAAGCUCAAAAGAAAUUAGUCUAAAGUCAGCAGGCAGUGUUCAGGGGGAUCUUUCAGGUGCUGAGAGUACUUGUAACAACAGGAAAUUAAAUCAGCUUGAUGAUUUUGGGAAUUGCAUGCCUUCACAAGAAGAUCUCCAUGUGUGCAGUCCAGAUGUUUGCGGUGCUAUUGGUAUUGAGCAGUCAGGAUAUCCACAGGAGACUUUAACUAUCCCUGCAGAACUUAGAAGUGUAGUAAGUAGCACUCAAAAUUCCAUGAACAGAAAUGCACUCAGAGGUCUUUUGGGGGUUUCUGAGUGGGCAGAAGUGUGUAAACAUAACUAUCAGCAGGCAAAUGCAGGAAGCAUUGAAGGGUAUCUUCCAAAUGACUCAAAUCCAAGUCUUAUUUCAAAGACAGAGAAAGAAGAGAUUUAUAUGGGAGACAGUCUGAGUAAUGAAAACUGGAAUGAUAAAACCUUACAAAAUUCCUGGAGUGUGAAUGAUUUGUCAGAUAAGGAAACCUGGAGGGAGCUGGAAAGGUGUACAGAAAAAGGUCCUCACAUAUUGCAAGCUGACAGUAAGAAAAUGGUAUUGGAUAACAGCAAGAGAGAUGAUUUUCAGAGAAGUCUUGGUUUAGCCAUCAGUGCAGACACCGAAUAUGGACUUCCAGAACUGGUUAGUCACUGUGGUGACACAAUACAGUUUGAAGACAAUGGAUACAAUGAGCAACCUCUACAGGAAUAUGCUGACAUAACUAACAGGCCAUCCCUAGAGGACUAUCUUUAUAUACAUGGAAGGCCAUCCUUGGAGGAUUAUACUGAUUUUCAGAAUAAACUGUGUCUAGAAGACAGCUCAGGCAUGCCCCACAGGCCUUUCCUGGGUGGUGAUAUUCUUAGACAUGAUGGCCCACCUCUGGGGGACAGUAGCAGCACAGCAGAAAUGCUGACAGUAGAAGAAAGUGGUCUUACCUUCUACAGUGAGGGAACCUCUGAAGGUGACAGUUCUCAGUUGGAUGAUGAUGCCUAUGAAACACCUCAGGCUGAUGAUGAUGACAGCGAUGUCUAUGAUACUCCGCAGAUGGGUGAUGAUGAUUCCUCUGACACUUCUCAAGGUGAUGAAGGGUUUGAUACCUUGCAGUUGGGGGAUAAGGAUACACCAGAGUCAGAAUUGUCUGGAAGAUCUGUUCCAUUAGGUUUUCUGGAGGAGAGAGGUGGUCUAAUAACCCUGACAAAAAAGACCAGCUCUUUUCAAGAACUUAGAGCUAAUGCCGGAGAGAAUGUCCAUGUAAGUGUGAAAGGGCAACCUGAGAGUGUAAAUAUAGCUUCAGCAAGUGCCAAAACUAUGGAAAGAGCCCCUGAGGAGCAAAGGGAAAGACCAGGGAGCUUUGGAGAGAAGGAGCAAGUGUUACCAGUUACUGUGGAGAGUGAAGGAAGAGAGGAGGGAGGCCUAAGUCCCUUACAGAAGAUGUAUGAAGCAGAAGUACAAGACAGAAAUGAGGAAGUUGAAAUGAAACCAGAAAGUGACUCCUAUGAAGAUGAAUCUGAAGGUACACAGGAGGGAGAAGAUUAUGAGGAGGAUUAUGAUAGUUAUGAUGACUCUGACACUGAUUCUGACAGUGAAGAUGAAGCAGAUAGUUUUUAUUCACAUCACCAAUGUAUAAACAAAGGUGACCAGCUUUUAAUUUCCUUAGGAGAUGUAGAAAGGAACAAUGAAAAUAAUCAGAAUAUUGAUGAUUGCUGCUAUUCUUUAGGCCAUAAGACAGGAUAUACUUUGCAAUUCCAGUCUAACCUUGAAAAUGGAGAACUCUCCUCAGGAAAAUCUGUUGUUUCUGAGGAAAGAUGUGUUGGUCUUUCGUGUGCAAGUGAAGACAGACAGCAGGAAACAGAAGAUGAAUAUGGGACUUGUAUGAAAAGUAGACACAUGUCACAAGAUAUUACUGAACCUAUUCAGUCUGAAAAUACCUGUGGCAGUAAAUGGAUGUUGUCUAAGACUGAAGAAAAUAAUGAAACACAGCUUAAGGUUCCAGGUUCUCAACUCCUUGAUGAUGAUGAAAGUACUCAGACGAAUUUGCUUCUCUCAAAAUGCUUUAUUGAUAGCAUGAAUGAAGACAGUAGCACCAUGCCAAUGUUAGAUUCAAAUCAUAAGCAGAGACAGAGAGAAGCAGAAUUUGUAGAGGAAAAAGUAUUAAAUGAUAUGGCAAGUAUAGAAAAACUAAAGGAAAGUUCAUCUGAAAUGGACAAUAUGGAUAUGCCUUAUGUUAAUAAUGAUGGUAGUUCUCUUACUGACUCAGCACAUCCAGUCACCAGUGGGAAGCAUGGUCAGACAGAAAGAAGUCUUGAAAUUCUUACAGAAAGUAAAAGUAGAGUAAAUGCUAUGGAGAAAUGUGAUGUCAUGGGGGUAAGUAAAAGCCCCAUACAGACAGAAAGCCUUGGGCAAAUAUUUGAUGAAUCAGUAAUUAAAAUGAAUAGAGCAACUCCUGUUGCAUGUAAGGAGAAAGGAAAUGUUGAUCAAGCUUUCCUUGAUGCUCAAGGUGUGAGAUCAAGUGAAGUUAAGAGAGAUGUUAACAUUUCUCCUUCUCUAAAACAAUAUACAACAGACGUAAAAGAAGGUGGCUAUUCAGAACUGGGUAAACCCAAAUCCUGUUGCUUUGAGGACACAGAAAAAGAGAAGGAUAUACAGAACGAAAAUGAUUUUCUGCUGAACACAGAAGAAAUGCAUUCAAGUGGGUUUGGCACUUACUCUUUUCCCCCAACUGAUACAGUGAAACCACCAAAUGAAAUGAGCAUAACUAAAGAAACAGGGAGAGUUACCUGUCAAAAUGCUGAUAAUGUUCUUAAAGACAUUUCAGAAAACAAAAGCAGCAGUGAUAGUGAAAUUUCCCCCAUAAAACCAGAUGCUUUAGGAAGUAUUGAGGACACCAAAGAAUCAAGGGCUGUUAGUGAAGUGCUACCUUCUGGGAGACAAAUCCAUAGCACAGAUAUUUGUCCUGCAAUUCUGAGUAGAACAGGAGCUGACUUGAAUUAUGGUGCCCAGAAAGAACCUGAGAGACUGGAAAACACAAAGGGAGAGAAUUUCAUGGCCAGUGAGACAUCCUCUCCAGGGAAUGGUUUCAAAACACAAAUGUCCAUGGAGUCAUUGCAAGAGGAAACUGGACCCUGCAAAGAUUUUCAAGUAAAGGAAGGUCUUGCACAAUCAUCAGAAGUGUCUGACACACUAGUGGAAGACUUACAGAACAUAUUACGAAGGAAAUUGAAAAUGGGACAGAUUUGCUGCAAGCAGGAAGGUGAACCCUUAAGUUACUCUGAUACCAAAACUUUAAUGCAAAAUUUACUUACCAUGGUUAGAAGCACCCAGCUUGCAAGUGAAAUAUCCAGUGGGUCAAAUCUCAAGCAAAUAAGCAAUGCUCUUAGAACUGCAUUAAUGGUUACCACACCGUGUGCAGACCCCAGGGACAGCAAUGCCUCUUCCUUGCUUUGGCCUGAUUCCAGAAGUCCUGAUCUUCUUCAUGAUAUUCUGAAGCAGGAAUCCUGCAAGCAUAAAACAGCUGGUCCAGAUGAAAGGAAGAGUGAACCAGAUGUGGAAGCUCUCAUUUCCAAACUUACUACCUCUGAACUUCUGGAGAUUCUUCAGAUCUCACCUGGAGAUGAAAGUAAAAGCAAGUUAGAGGAGCUGAUAAGUACUUUGCUUAUGAGCUCACAGGUUGCUGGUACCACCACAGAACAUGAGGGUAAAGGCAAAGUAGAUGGGUUUUGUACUUUUUUCUCAACAGAACAAUCAGAGUUCGGAGCAGAAAUUGCUAAAGAGAAAACAUUGGCAGAUAAUGCAACUGUUGCUUGGAAAAGUGACCAGGAGCAUGGGAAGACAGACAGACUGUCCAAAGGUUUUACUGACCCUGUUUUCAAACCAAGAGAAGCAGUGCUAGAAGACACCACCCCUAGCAUGGUUGAUGGAGUACAGCAAUGCUUAAAGUUAGCAGAGAAAAUGCAAGGACAUUUGUCAGUGCUUCAAGAUAUGAAAAGCCAACUAGACAACCAGCAGCCUAUUAGUAACAACCUGGAAAUACUAAAAGAUGAACUGAAGCAGCUAGAGUCAUUUGAAUCAAGACUGGCUACCUUUGCAGUUCUCCUUAAAGAGGACAUGAAGCUGACAGAAGAAUUCUUAAAGUUUUGUGACAGGGAUAUUCCAGAAGAGAAACUGAGGGAGCUGAAGAUGAGCUAUGACUCUUUGCAGGAAGCAUUUUCAGCCAUCUGUGAUGUAUCUUCGAAACAAGCAAAACACAUAGUCUGUGCUAUUGACUCAGAAAUGUCUAAGCUUGCAGCAUUACACCAGGAACUUCUAACCAAACUGCAGAGGUUUUCAGACUGGAUCACAGAGAACAGCAAAAUGUUUCAUGACUUCACAGUGGAUACUAACGAUACAGAAGAGAUGAAGAAACGUUUGCAGCUAUUGAAA